AAACAUUCGAUUUGUUUACAUCACUUACAUUCUGUAUCGGAAACGCGCGAUUGUAUUGCCAGGUAUUAAUAGACAAACGUUUCGUAUCGUGAAUACGGUAAAAUUUGAGAUAUCUGUUCAAUUUUAUCGGAAAAAUAUACCUCUGAGAGAUGGCCGAAGAGGAGCAGAUGCCAAUCAUACCGGUAAAAGAGCCGCUGGAUCUGAUUCGACUCAGCUUGGAUGAAAAGAUUUAUGUUAAGAUGAGAAAUGAACGAGAGUUGCGUGGACGAUUGCAUGCUUUCGAUCAGCAUUUAAACAUGGUUCUGGGUGACGCCGAGGAAACAGUGACCACAGUGGAAAUUGAUGAGGAAACCUACGAGGAAGUGUAUAAGACUACCAAGCGUACCAUACCGAUGCUGUUUGUCCGAGGGGAUGGCGUAAUUUUGGUUUCUCCUCCUAUGCGAGUGGGUAAUUAAAUUCGGAGGCUUCGGAUAGGGGCGCAUUAAAUAUUAUUACAAUGAACAAAUCAAUAAUAUAUAUAUUUGCUGAGUA